AGAUGGUAGUACGUAGUCAAUAUGUAUCGGCAUACCUGACGCGGCCGUUUAAUUAUCUCUGUUAAUUUUAACAACGCUAUCGGUUGUGACUUUUUAGUGUGCUUGAUAAGCUAUGUCAAGCAGUGGGAGAGUACGAAGUCGGCGCGUAACAGUAGGUGAACAAUCCGUCAUUCGUAACAAAGACUCUUUACAAAGUUGCGUAAGAAGUGGAAAUUGUAAUUAACGACUGUUCUUCUCUUUCACGCAGUUUAGAGGAGAACUCGGGCACACCUUCAUGGAAUUUGUGUGCAACAGCGGUGACUACUGCCAGGCACAGCAUCUCAACUAAGGAGUCAUACUUUUUAGAUGGAUUAAAAUAAACGCUCUUAUUCAGAAAAAAAAGAAAUCGUCGAUUGCCUUAUUCACUGCUGCCAACGAAAUUUUUGUCUGCACAAUAAUUUUUUUGCUGGUAAAUUGCAUUUUUUGAAGAAAAAACGCGAAAGUAUGGUGGCCAGACUUCCUGAACCGACUUUAAUUACUCAUAAGAACAUGAAGUUCUACAUAACUAAUUGUCCCAAAGAGGACGGGUUAGACAGCUACAUACAGGACUUGAAGAGAGUCGGUGUGCGCGACUUAGUUCGAGUUUGUCCGUCAGCUUAUUCUAAGGAGCCUAUUCAAGCUCAAGGAAUAAAUGUCAUUGACUGGCCAUUCGACGACGGAUAUCCGCCACCCGAAAAGAUAGUGGAUCAGUGGUUUGAUUUAUUAAAAAAUCGAUUCAAAAAUGAUCCAGGAUCCUGUGUGGCUGUUCACUGCGUCGCAGGAUUAGGACGUGCUCCAGUUCUUGUAGCUGUUGCUUUGAUUGAAUGCGGAAUGAAAUAUGAAUCCGCUGUAGAGAUGAUCCGAGCGCAAAGACGUGGGGCAAUCAACGCUAAUCAGCUGGAGUUUUUAAAGAAGUAUCGUCCAAAAGGCCGGCUUAAAGCCAACGGAAAGCAGUGCUGCAUAAUGUAA